AUGGAGUACUCUCAUCACUCCAAUGGAGACCGCCUGUCCAUCGAAGCGGAGGUCAGCGCGGCCGUUUGUAUGCAAAAUCUUUCCAACUGGAUGCCCGCCGUCAAUGAAAUUCGCACCUGGCCAGAGUACACCGGACAACCUCUACGUGCCCUCCCCAACCUCGCGCACAAACUCGGAGUCCAGGAAAUAUUCGUCAAGGAUGAGAGCAGACGCUUUGGGCCCGAACUUGGCUCCUUCAAGGCGCUUGGUGCGCCCUACUCGGUUUAUAGGAUCUUAGCGGAGGAGGUGAACGCGAAGAAGGGUGUCUGGCCCUCAGCAGCCGAACUCCGCACUGAGAAGUAUCGUGAUAUUACGCAGCACAUCACUGUCUGCGUCGCAACGGACGGCAACCAAGGCCGUGGGCUAGCGUAUGGUGCUAAGAUUUUCGGUUGUCGCUGCGUUGACUACAUUCACGAUCAUGUCAGCGACGGUCGUGCAAAGCGUAUGAUGGACUUGGGUGCGAUUGUGAUUCGCGUUGACGGCGAAUACGAGGCUUCAGUCGGUCGGGCUAAGGAAGAUGCUCGCAUGAAUGGCUGGUACUUCGUUAGCAGCACCUCCUGGUCUGACUUUGAUAACGACGUCCCUCAGCACGUGAUGAACGCCUACAUGGUCGUCCUCGAGGAGGCGGUCGCGUUAAUUCCUCGACUCGACCGGAUCAGCCAUGUCUUUGUAUGCGGUGGUGUGGGUAGUAUCGCCGCUGCUAUUUUCCAAGGCUUUUACACUCAUCUCCGUGGAAACCGAAAGACGCCUGCUGAAGUGCCCCGCUUUGUUGUUGUUGAACCUUCCGAGGCGGACUGUCUCCUGCAGAGUGCGAAGAAUGGCGAGCUUCGUCAGUCUGAAGGUACGCUGCGUACAUUGAUGGCUGGUCUGGCUUGUCGCGCACCAUCUCCAGCCGCGUGGAAGAUCCUUACUUGGUUAACCAGUGACUUCAUUGCUGUGCCCGAUUCCGUUGCAGUCGAGGGCAUGAAGGCAUUGGCUAAUGGCCACGAGGGUGAUGUUCCUGUGGUGUGUGGUGAGUCGUCGGCUGCCAGUAUGGGUGUCAUGCUAGGAUCUGGCUCAGAUCCGAGCCUUCGUGAGAAACUGGGAUUGGAUGAGAAGAGUCAAGUCGUUAUUUUCGGCCUGGAGGGCGCAACCGACCCUGAGAUCUACGAGUCUCUGGUUGGGAAAUCACCUGCUGCCGUCUUUGAGGCUCAACAUCGCUUCGCCGCCCAGAAUUCGAAGUGA